AUGGAGGAUUCUACCCAGAGGCGCUCGAGCGCUAUUCCGCGAUUGUCAAAGCUCCCUCUACCUCGGCCGACGUCAGGAAUUCCAAAGUCAGCUUCAGCUCUACCAAGACCUACAUCAGUUAUUCGUCCUUCGCCCUCAAGGGAGAGCUUGGGCGGCGGCGAGCUACGGAAUCCUAGGCUUCGACCCUCUAUGUCAAGAGACCAACUGCGAACUGGUCAACCAGAUCUUCAACAAAGAGCUCAGCGACUGCGACCUGCAGUAUCCAGAGAUAAUCUCAACCUCAACGCUGGGACAAGACGCACCUCAGCACUCAUAUCAAAACCUGCCCAACUAUCACCCGCAAAGCCCUUUGCCCAGCGAAUUCCUUCCACACCUCAUCGAUCGAUAGAGCGACAGGCUGAUAUCAUCGAGGAGCAAUCUACCACACCUCCGUACGAGCCUCCCGGUGAAGCCAUUGGUGUACAGUUUGACGGAAACAUCUUCCCUCGCCAAUUAACUCUUACAAGGAGGCCUUCGGAGAGUUUUGCAGUUUCACCACUUUACGAUCCGCCCAACAACAUAUUUGAUCCCAACUAUUCAGCCAGGCCACAGACGGCCUCGACCGAUGACGAUGAUCGAUCCGAUACACUUGGGGCUCGAUCUCUCAAGCCUAGACCUUCUCUGUCAGAAAGGACAGCCGAGACUCUUGCAAAUAUUCCCUCUUCCCCUGCUUUGAGGAAGACUUCAAACUUCUAUGACCAGGGACCACGAGUUGGUAGCAGUCCUCGUUCAAGAGCAGGUAGUGGCGCUUCUAGACCAGGAUCUAGCUACGCUUCAGAUGGAUCAACAAGACAGUCUUCGAAGGCAGGAAGUCGACCAGGUUCUAGUUCAGGACAGUCUGACCUUGGCUUCAACAACUUUCGGGCUUCAGCAAGUGUCCAGAGAAAGCCGUUGACACCCAUCGAGGGAACGCCCCGCAAGCGGUCUUCGACUGUUGUGAGGACGACACCGGGCAAACUGCCGGGAAUGCCGCCACCGUUCGCUGAAGCAAGAAGCCCGAGCCCAGGAAAGACGACUAUACCGACUCCAAAGUCAGGCUCCAAGUCCAUGGCCCUACGGCCUGCGAAGACGAGGGCUCCUGUGCAGGGUCUGUUCAAGAAGCCGUCAUUGCCUGCGCUGAACAAGGCUUCGUUGCGCGGGGCUUCUGACCGGCGUGUUUCCGUGAACUCGGCGUCAACUGGAUCCUGGGACGGUACGAUUCCUUCCAGCGCUUCAUCUCACAACACCUCCAUGACUGGCGACUCAGCCGAGCCUGGAACACCCCCUUCAGCUCGCAAAUCCUCCGCUGCGCUCCGUGAACAGAUCGCCAAGGCAAAAGCUGCGAAGAGGGCUCAGAUGAAGCAAGUGGCCGAGAAUGAAGUAGAACAUGUCGGCGGCGAGACAUCAAUAGUUCCCCAGGAUACUGGUUUCGACUUUGGCAUGAGCCAGGACGAUCCGUUCAACCUACGCCGAGGAGAAGAUCCCAAGAAGAAGGUUCUGCAAAACCGUGUUAGUACCGCAAGGACAACGGGAAGACUUAACAUUGCUGCCCUGCACUUGAAGGAGAUUCCGGUGGAGGUGCUAAAGAUGUAUGAUCUGGAGAGCAUUGGUGAUGGAAGCUGGGCAGAAAGCGUGGAUUUGACCAGAUUUGUCGCUGCGGACAACGAGUUUGAAGAGCUUGAUGACUUUGUGUUUCCUGACACACAUCCCGCAUCAUUUGAUGAAGAGCAGGCUAGCCAAGGGAACAUCUUUGCUGGACUGGAAACUCUCGACAUGCAUGGCAACCUUCUCGUCAAUGUCCCUCUAGGACUGCGUCGGUUGUCUUGCCUGACUUCAUUGAACUUGUCUUCCAACCGCCUCACGAACAACUGCCUGGACACGAUCGCGCAAGUCACCUCUUUGCGCGACUUAAAGCUUGGAAACAAUCUCUUCUACGGUCCUCUCAAUCCCAUUCUCGCAAGUCUGAGUGAGCUGGAAAUACUUGACGUGCAUGGUAACAACAUCUCUGCGCUCCCUCACAAGAUUGAGAACAUGUCUCGUCUUCGCAUUCUUAACUUGAGCGAAAACAGCUUCGAAUCUCUGCCUUUCGAUAGCCUUGCUACGCUUCCUAUCACUGAGCUGAACAUCAGGAAGAACAAGCUAAAGGGCACUCUUAUCGAGGAACCAAUUGGCUGUCUGCCCCAGCUGCAUACACUGGAUGCCUCGGCAAACCAGUUGGAAAGACUGGUGCCGUUGGGCUCUGCAAUUGACUUGCCGGUUUUGCAUUCUCUCUCCUUGUCUAUGAACCGACUGCAGGGACUACCAGACAUGACGACCUGGUCGAACUUGUUGACGCUAUCGGUUGAGGAGAACAGCAUCUCGGGCAUUCCUAAUAGCUUCACGAGCCUGGAUAGACUCCGUCAUGCUGAUUUCUCUAGUAACGAUAUCAGGGUGAUUCCUCCCGAGGUUUCGAGAAUGGAUAACUUGUCCAUGAUCCGACUAAGCGGAAACCCCCUGCGUGACAAGAAGUUCCUUUCCAUCACUACCGAGGAGCUCAAGAUUGUUCUUUCUGGACGCUUGGAACCGCCACCUCCGUAUCAAGAGCCUGAAUCUGAGGAUGGACUUGCGGAUGUUCUAGGCGAUGCAAAGGUUGGUGGCUCCAGCGCUGGCACGGCGCGAUCAGAAGAUGAAGAUUAUCGGUCUGAUGAUAACUUUGCCACCCCUCCACAGAGUCCUAAUCGCUCUCGUUCGCAUACAGUAUCGAGCCGUCGCUCUCGAUCGCACACUCUAUCGAACCAGUCAUGGCCGGUAAAGCCUGGUGGUAUCUUGGACCGAUCUCAAACCGAGUCAUCAUCACUCCACCCUGUCGUAUGCUCAAAGGUUGCGGCCGAACAUCGGGUUCGCCAAAUCUUCCUUCAGAACAACCUUUUCGCUACUCUGCCGAACUCGCUUAGCUUUUUUGCCGAGACAUUGACAGCCCUGUCCUUGUCUCACAAUCAACUGGUAGGCGAGGCUUAUCUGACUGAGGAACUGGACCUACCAGCAUUGAGGGAACUUAACCUGGCAUCGAACCACAUCACUGGUCUCAAAGCGCUCACGGAGUUCCUACAUGCGCCAAGUCUGGAGAAGAUCGAUAUUACCAUGAACAGACUCAACUCUCUCCCGACAGAUCUUAAGGAGGCUUUCCCUAGCCUGAAUGUCCUCCUGGCGAGCAACAAUCACAUCACGGAUCUUGAGCCAGAAAUGAUCAAGGGCCUGAAAAUUGUGGACUUGAGCAACAACGACAUUGCUCACUUAAACCCACGCAUCGGCCUUCUUGGGGGCCUUGGUGGUCUUGAGAGAUUUGAAGUAGCAGGCAACCGAUUCAGGGUUCCUCGAUGGAACGUGAUUGAGCGAGGCACAGAUGCUACUCUGAGAUGGCUCAGGGGGCGUGUUCCUGUCGCUGAGAUGGGCGCUUGGCAGGGCGACGACAAUGAGCCUGACGUGGAUUGA